AUGGACGCCAGACACCGCAUCAUCGAAUGUCACGGGAUAAGGGAUGCAGUGGAUUUGGAACAACAUAUUCAUUGUCUGGAAACUCAGGCUUACAGUUCUAUUUUGAAAGCUUUUGUUGCUCAGUCUGAUCUUCUUACUUGGGGCAAAGAGGAGCUUAUGACUGAGCUACGAAAGGAACUAAAUAUUACAGAUGGUGAACAUGCAGAAAUCCUGAUGAAAACCAACUCAGAUGAGUCAAUUAAAUGGAUAAGGGGGCAGAGGAAACUGGGAUCUCAGGUUCAGACCUAUAUCAAAGCUAAUACUUCUAGCUGUCCUUCUGCUUCAAUGAGAAGUUCAAUUAUAAGAUUGAAAGCUCCGCCCUCUGCUGCAUUUUAUCCUCAGAAGAAAGUAUCACGCAGCAAAGCUUCUCAGAUUUCUAUUCCUGUUCCUUCUUCGAUGCCUCCAAAAUUUAAUGGCGAUCACUUGGAUGCUAAAUUCGCCCAUCCAAAAUUUAAUGGUGAUCUCUUGGCUGCUGAAUUCGCCUAUGAAAAUGCAGAGAAAUCUAUCGAAAUGCUCAAUCAUAAUGUUCAGUUACCGCCUGUUGGAAAAGGGAAAGUGCCGAAAGGAAAAUAUCAAUUGAAGAAGUACUUUCCCGCAUCUGAGCCUCUCAAGUUACAGAACAGUUCUGAUUUAAUUCGGAUCCGUGCAACAGAUAGUGUUAUCCAUGAUGUUGAGAAGAUGCUUUCCAGUAGAGAGAAACCUGGCCCAGUUGAUAUUGAGAGAGCUAAGUGCACUCUCAUGGAGCAAGAAAGAGCUUUACUUGAAGCACUUGGUAAAGUGGAAGAUGUGUUAGAGAGGAGUAAUGAAAAUACAAGCCAGAUGACGAAUGGAUUAAUGUGUGGCUUUCCAGAUGAUGCAUCUAAUCAGAUGCAAUACUGCACAAUGUCCAAGAACACUCUUGGAGGACAAGAAGUGAAAAUACAACCCAAUUUCAGUGGACAGAGAGGUAGGUUUAAGGAUUCAUUCUGAUCCUUGCGAUCUUGAUGGUGAUUUCCCGGCACAGACAUUGAACUUCUCAUUCUGAUCUAUACAACUCAACAGAUAUAUGAUGCUUUUUUCAGUUGUUGAAUCAGCUUAGUGAACAGUUUCCUUGUUUAAGAGGUAGAUAUUUUGAAUUUAAGCUAGAAGCUUACCGGGACAUGUUUAAACACUUGUUAUAGUAUACUUCUCCUAACAGCUUAGUUAAAUGUAAAGGAGACUCCAA